CGGCACAAAAAGACACUAUCAACGGUUAGAUUUCAAUCACCCACCUCUCGUCAUUUUCAUCUCUCUACGCACACUCUCUCUCUCUCUCCAACCUAACUUUUUUAAUCUCCUCCUCCCACGAAAACUUUUUUAAUUAAAAAAAAAGAACAAAAAUAGAAAUCCCAAAAAUCAAAAACUCAUCACCUUCUCUCGAAAUCCAUGGAUCCUUCUCUCUCUGCACCGAACGAUCCUCACCAUUCUCCACCGUUCACCGCUUACCCAAACCCCUUCGCCGUUCACCAUCACCCCUUCUACAGCAACCCCGUUAACUCCUCCGCCGUCGCGCCGCCUAGCAGCAGCAACAACAACAACAACAACCAGUUCUAUCAGCCGCAGCCGCAGCCGCAUCCGACAUGGGUUCACCCUCCCUACUCCGAAAUGAUUUGCUGUGCGAUUGCUGCGUUGAACGAAGCGGACGGGUCGAGCAAGCAAGCGAUAUCGAGGUACAUCGAGAGAACUUACACGGGGAUACCUACUGCUCACGGAGCUUUGAUGACUCACCAUCUCAAGUCUCUCAAGAACAGUGGCGUUCUUGUGAUGGUGAAGAAGUCCUACAAACUAGCAGCUGCGAGUAGCGUGGCUGCUGCUGAACCUCCCAGAUCUGACUUCACAAGCAACUAUUCAGUCAACCAGACGCAACCGCUGCCAGAUCUUGCUCCCACGUCUACUCAGAAGCGUGGUCGUGGUCGACCUCCUAAGGCGAAACCAGAUGCUCAUACCAACGGAUUACCUGUUUCGCCACCGCAGGCUCAACCGCAGUCGGUGGUUAAGAGACCACCGGGUCGUCCUAGGAAAGAUGGAGCUUUGCCGACAGUGAAGACUCCUGCUGUUUCCGGCGGUGUUGAAACUGCGAAACGAAGAGGUCGGCCUCCGAGCGGAAGAGCUGCCGGGAGAGAGAGGAAGCCAGCUGUUGUCUCGGCUCCGGCUUCGGUGAUCCCGUACGUUCCUAACGGUGGUGUCAGACGCAGAGGAAGACCAAAGAGAGUUGACGCUGGUGCUUCUUCUGCUGCGCUGCCAUCGCCACCUCCACCUAAAGCAGAUGGUGGAGGAUCAGUCGUGGUUGCGAAGAGAGGAAGAGGACGGCCUCCUAAGAUCGGAGGUGUGAUGAGGAAGCCUAUGAAGCCCAAGAGAGGAGGAGGCUAUGUUCGUACUGGACGACCCCUUGGAAGACCCAGAAAGAAUGCUGCGGCAAAGGGAGCUUCCAGACAACAAGAUAUUGGCUUUGGUGAACUCCAGAAGAAGUUUGAGUUGUUUCAAGAGAAAGCUAAGGAAAUUGUUAAUGUGUUGAAAGCCGAGGUCGGAGGAAGUGGAAAUCAUGCAGUGGUUCAAGCUAUACAGGCUCUGGAAGAGCUAACAGUUACCACUACGGAGGAGCCACAGCACAUGGAAGAAGUGCAGCCAGAUGAACAACACCAUGGAAAUGAACAAGAGCCUGAGGGACACGGACAAGGGCAGGCGCUGACAGAAGCAGAAGCAAUGCAAGAAGCGCUGUUCUGAAGAGAGCAGCCUUGACAAAACUAAUAAAAGCUAGCAAGUGGUGGUGAUGAUGAUGGUGGGCUUGCUUGUUGUGUUUUCCGUGAAUUUGUUAAUUUUAUAAGUGUGUUUGCUGGAGAAAAAUCUUUUUAAGUAAAACGAUGAUGAUUGUGUCUCUAACGAAACAAGGAGAGGUACUAAGAGGUAGAGUAAUGUAUGUAAAGUAAUUAGGAUAUUGCCAUUGUUCAUGUACCUCUCUCUUGCUAUCGUCCAUGUCUGUAGGCUUUUGCUUUGUACCCUCAUGUUUCUCAGACAGUGGUCUUUUAUUUGGUUUUUAGAGCACCCAA